ACCCUCCGUCACGCCUCUUUCAUCAUUCCUUCGCACUAAGUAUCUUGCGAUUUGUUUCCCCUACUUGCGGCCGAACUCACCUUAACCCGGACCCCUUGACCAUCCAUCAUCACCAUCCCUGACGAGCAGACCCGAUUCCGUGGAGACAACAGGGACUCUUCAGACGACAGAGCCAACAACACUGAGAUAUCGCUUGGGUCUGGAAAGGAACCCAAUUGAGAGGAAUACGAGUUAAACUUUCAUCAAGGCUGGUCGAGUGCAUGACGCGCAUUGCCGAUCGACCCCUAGCUCUACGGCAGCCACCACCCAAAAGCGAUCCAUCUUCGGCCCCCGAAAUCCCUGGUUCUCAACCGUCAACACCAUAGCUUAGACUUCGAGACAUUGGCGGAGAGAGCAUCACACUCCCCUCGAACUCUUCACGAUGGCGUCAGCGCGGAGGAACACAUCAACGAGGAACCUGCUGAGCAUCCUACUCCUCGCAGCUCCAGCCCUCGCAAAAUACCAGAACAAUUUUGAUCUAUACCCAGCAGCCGCCCAACCAUGCCUUUACGCCUCCUCAGACGCGAGCAAAUGCGAUGGCGACACGGUAGCGACGAUGAACAAGUGCCUCUGCAGCAACGACAAGGGCAAAUUCGUCACAAACGCCGCAACCUGUCUAGGAAAGGAGGCAAAGGACACCCUGCGCACAGUAUAUCAAUCCAUGAGCACCGCCUGCUCAGACUCCAAGACACCGAUAUCCCUGACCGAAGACCAAUUCCUCAACCUUGGCGCGACAGGCGCCACGGCGUCGCUUUCAGUGACAUUAUCUACGUCAAAGACAGCUACGCCUACUACCAUGAUGACUACCACCACAGGCGGAGCAACCAUCACUUUAACAUCCACACCUACACCCACGACAUCGACCGCACCACAGGAAGAUAAAGGCCUUAGCACAACCGCCAAAAUCGGCGUCGGCGUCGGUGCAGGCGCGGGAGCCAUCGCCCUCGUCUGCCUCGCCGCUUUCAUCUGGCGCAUCAAGCGAAGCCGCGACGCCCACGACGAAUCCCACCGACCCAUGCUCGGCGGCGGCAUCGGUGCCACGGGCCACAACAACCCACAACACGGGCCCUUUACGGAAUACAGCCCGCCCGCAAGCGUCGCCGGGGCCGGAGCGGGUGGAUACGCCGCAUACACCGGCGCACAAGAAUACAAGAACGAGAAUAAGCAGCAGCAAUCCGGCUGGAGGCCCGUCUCCGAGAUUACGGCUACGAGUCCCGGAGGCCAAACAUGGGCGACGAAUUCUCCUCAACCACCGUAUGCGCAGCUCCAGCCUCAGCAGCAGCAGCAGAACCUAGGUGCUUGGGGCCAUCACCCACAAGCCGCUUACGUUCCUCCGCCGCAGGAACCUUCCCAACAGGAGGGCGUGUUUGAGCUUGCUUCGAUACCUAUGACGUCGCAGCCUCCUUCGCAUGUGCCGCAGCCGCCGCCUGGCGCUGUUGAGAUGCCGGCUACAGAGGUGCAGCCGCAACCUACGCGAUACCAGUAUCCUUCGCAGAGGCAGUGAGGGGCGCAUGAGAGGAAAUGAUAAAAAUCAGGCAUUACGGGGUGUUUGAGGGGACAUAUUCGCUAUCAUGAUACCUUGGGAAGCAUUUACACUAAUGGGGGCUCGGUGUUCUGGUUCCUGGUCGGGAUGUAGAUCGCACAAGGGGAAACGAGAGGGAAAAGCCAUGAAACAUAAAACUUUCCGUCCACACCUACGUCCCUCAUACUCAACGAUUAACUGCAUCUUCAAGAUAAUCUCCAUAAUCGCCCGUGUGAUAUGCGUAAGGUUCUGAUGGGGGAACGAUUUCCACGGCUCAAUGAUACUGAUUGUAUUGAUGUUAACAUUAACUUGGCUCACUGGGGGCCACUACCUGCAGACCCUGUCUCGAUG